AUGGGUCUCCUGACCGCAGUUAUCGCCACUGCAGUGGGAGGAGCGGGUGCUGUGGUUGCAGCACCUCUCGUCCUGACUGCAGUAGGCUUCACUGCAGGGGGCAUUGCUGCAGGGUCCAUCGCAGCCAGCAUGAUGUCAACCGCAGCAUUGGCUAACGGAGGAGCGGUGGCAGCUGGUGGUACGGUAGCUCUCCUGCAGUCUGCAGGUGUGGUUGGUCUGUCUGCAGGAGCCACAGGUGCCGUUGCGGGCACUACGGGCGGAAUCGCUGGACUAGUAGCUCUCCUCAUCUAGAGAAGCCGCAUGUGUCAGCAGUGGCAGACAGAUCAUCAGAAAUACUACGUCUGUCUUGUCAACUAAAAAUGUUGUAAAGCCAAAAUGAAGGAAUAAAAACAUGAAGGACAAUUUGGAAUUUUAAGUCAUUGCUAUGACAAGAAAAUAAAAUUCGAUAAUUUUACCAGAAAA